AUGAAAAAACCCAGCAUUCUUCCUUCAUUUCCCUCUACCAUGGCGCCUUCUACGUCUCACAGUCUCUCUACUCCCCAGGUUUCACCAUCCUAUGAUCAUUCGAUGCAUCCAAUGCCUCCCCCAAAAAAUUCUGCAGGAAGAAAGAUGGGUAUCUUUAGGGCUGACUCUGGAAUCGUCAUCAAACCGGAGAUAAACAACGCGAUUUCAAACCUAGAUCAACCCAACAGCUCAUCCAGCGCCCUCCCAAAAGAAGACCCAACCAACAUCAUCCCUAUCGAUACUUCUGAGGCCAUACCCACCAUUGACGUGAAUAUAACCAACACAAUCGCAAAACUCGAUCAACUGAGUACUUAUCUCCGCGCCCUUCUUACACGGGUUCCAGAGACUCGCACAGCUUAUCACGAUGAUUCCACCUCCACUGGCGAGCACUCUCCAGAGGAAGAAAUCCCAUAUACCUCUGCAGGAAAAGAGAAAGAAGAAGACUCCUGUGACACACCUACCCAUACCUCUGAAGCCACAAUCGCAGAAGUCGUGGGCGGCCAAAUCUCAAAAGUAGCUCAAGUCGUCGAGGUACUUAGCAUGAUCCGUCACAUUACCUUUGUCAUGUCGUCAUGUCUUGACGAAGUUCUACCCAAAGAUCCUAUCAUUCCAGAAAGUAAUAUAGAAAAAGGAAAAGGAAAAGAGAAAGAAAAAGAAGAAGAUGAUGAAGGAAAAGAAGAACAAAUUCCCAUCCAAUCCACCAUCUUCCCCGAUCUCCCCUCCGCCUCCCAUCUCCUCUCUUCUCCAUCCGCAGAACACAUGAAGCGCGGGGCGCUAGGAUUCCAAUUGGUCGAUAAACUCUCACCUCCACAAAAAUGGCUUUUUCGACCAAUGUCCGACUCUGAACGUCUGCGCCUUAAGAUGCGUCGUAUGAAAAGAUGGGAGGGAAAGGAAGAACAAACUCUCAUGACUCCCGACCUCCUCCCAGUUUCCCCUCCCCCCUCUUCGUCAUCCGCAGCAGAAACUCCCCUCCAACCCACCACUCCCAUCAUCGCAUCCAGUCUUCCCUCCUCUUCCUCAUACGCAGAAAGCUUCCAUCGCCGCGCACGAACACGCAAUUGGGUCGCCGAUCUCCCACCACCGCAGGAACCAAUAUAUCCCGGUCUUCCAGCACUCCCCAACUUACAAUUUCUGCAACGCAAAAUCGAUCUUAUGAAAAAAGAAUUGGGAGACGAGUUCCCUCUCACUCCCAUUUCCAACGUGUUGGAUCCCUAUUUUUGGACCAUGAGGGAUGCGACUACGUUCGCUCAUCUUUUGUCUCCUGAAAAGAAAAAUACUCCCAUCCCCGCACCCCCGAAAAAAACACACAUAACACAUACUUCUCACUCCCCCAGAGGACAAGCAUCAGCAAUUCUAGCAGGACCAUACAACGAGCCCUCGAUGCCCAGACCCGUGACAUCCAAGCCCUGGCUAUGCAGACCCGUGAAAAGAAAAGUAUCUGGAAAAUCCACAUGGGCGGCAUUAUUGAAAGGAGGAGAAGAAGGAGAGAAGGAAGAAGGAGAGAAGGAAGAAGGAGAGAAGGAAGAAGGAGAGAAGGAAGAAGGAGAGAAGGAAGAAGGAGAAGAAAAAGGAGAGGAGGAGAAAAAGGAGAGGAGGAGAAAAAACCUAAAAUGUUUAUUACGCGCAUGA